CUCUCUCAAUUUAGUUAAACGGCAUUUUAAUCAGUAUCUAGCGUUAUACGACGGACUCACGGAAAAAUAUCGACACAUACGCGUGGUAUUCACUGGCGCUGAAGGCGCCGGGAAAACUACCGUAUGUCGUCGUCUCCAGAAAGAACCUGUCAACCUCGAGUCGAGAGAACCAACUGUAGGGGCUGUGUUACGUCCUGAUUGUUUCUCAGUCAACUUGAAUUCAAGAACAUGGAAGCAUGAAGGUAGUCGGUCACCAAAUGAUGUAGUGAGGACUCGUUUGGGAGCUGUGGUGAGAAACCAGGAAGCAAGGACUAGUUUGAGAAAUGUGGCCGGAAGCAGCACAGGAAUUCGAGAGCAUUUAUCAUCACUAUCAAAGGAACAAAUGAAAGAGGCAAUAGCAGUCUUACGGGCUUCACGAUAUGCUGACACUGACUUAGCGUUUCUCUCCCUGUGGGAUAUGGGUGGACACAUGUCGUUCCAGGCUUCCCACAAUGUUUUUAUUUCGUCACAUGGCGUGUAUUUACUAGUCUUCAGAUUGACAGAUUUUCUCAGAAAUAAGCUGGAAACGGUCCGCCUGAAAAAAUGGAUCAGAAUCAUUGGCACGUUUUCUUCGUGUCAACUGAAUGCACCACAAACGAGAACGUAUGCUCCACCGAUAAUUUUCGUCGGUACAUUUUUGGAUAAAUUGAAGGAAAACGAGGACCACGACAAACAGAUAGAUAUGAUACGGUCAAGUAUCUCAAAAUUCCCUGAACUCUCAGUGCACCGAUUUGUCAAGUUCUGUACAGUCGACAACAGCCUCGGCGAUGAAGAUAAUGACCUAGAAAUGUUAAGAGGUCUUAUCACAGAGGCAGCUGUUCAUCAGGAUCAGUGGGACAGACAACUCCCUACAACGUGGUUAAAACUCGAGAUGGACCUACAUCAAUUAAGAGAAAAAGGAAAAAGAAUACUCACAAUCGAAGAGAUUAUCGAGAUGAACAAAUCAUCUCCAGCGCCAUUGACCGAUGUUAAUGAGAUCAAACUUGCCCUUGAAUAUCUUCACUGCACGAGGUCAGUAAUAUAUUUUCGGGAGUUUGACCACGUCAUCAACGACCCCCAGUGGCUUGUCGAUUUCUUCAGUAUCCUGAUUACCGAUGACCAAUUUCUCACUGAAGGCGACCUCUUAAUGGCCAGGGACCAGGAACUGUACAAAACAAAGGGCGAGUUGACACAGGAACUGAUUGAAGGCCUCUUACGUCUGGAGAAGAACCAAGAUUUCAUUCCACAUAAAUCCAUUCUUCUGGCGCUGAUGGAAAAAUUUGGAUUGAUAGUAAAAAUGCAGUUGUCAGGAUCCGAAUCUGAACAUCGACGGUUCAGUGAGAAGUAUACAAUCCCCAGCAAACUUAUGGAACUGCAGAACAUCGAUGUAAUAACAAGAGAGGUCACCCGCCUAAAGAGAAGGUUCUUUGUUUCUAAGGCGUUAUGCUUAGUAUUCAACGAUGUUUAUGUACCUGAUGAGUUGUUUCACAGAAUCUUCGCCGAGAUCCUCAGGACGUACACAUCGACAUCUUUGUCAACACAAAGCCUCGAAAUAACGACUGAAAUGGAUCAGAUGAGACCAGGAAGCGGUAACGCGUGUCUUUAUAGAGGUUUCGGUUGUUUCGAGAUCAACGACCUCUGCGGAAUUAUUCUGUCUAUGCAGCCUGAGAGGUCCACCAUUGCCGUGACAAUAUUCAGCCGAACGGAAACCGUUCUUCCCGAAGGAUGCGGCAAACUUGUCAAGGUCUCGAUCGAAAGGAUUCUUCGUGACGCUUUAGAAAUGAGUAACCAGCAACACUUUCAGCAUACAUACAAACUACACUGCAACUUCUUCCUGGGUCCAUAUGACACCCCUGUAGAUCUGUUCGGCGUCAUCCACUCAGAGAGGGGCGUUCCAUGUAAAGGGGUAGAGUGUCUAGGGCAACACCUUCUGUCAAGAAUAGACGCCAAAUUUUGGGAUAUCACACAGGAUUCCGUACGAGUUCCAGUGCAUAGAUCGAUAAGUGAACCGGCAAAUGAGGACACAACGUUUCCUGACAGAAGGCCAACGCCGCGGGAACUUGGUCGUCUGUCCCGUCUAGUAAGCGCCUCGUCAUAUCAGCUGUUGUUUACAGAGCUUGGUGUUCCUAUACCAGACAUCGAUUACGCUAAGAAUGAUUUGUUAAGCUUAUCGACAGUAACUCUGAUCACCAAACUGUUUCUGAAUUGGUCCAAUGCCUACCCGAAUCAGACGUUUCAACACAUCACACAGGCUAUGAAGAACGUUGGCAUGGCAACUGACCGCGUUGUUGAAAUGGUCGAAACGGAAGCGGAACCACCAGGUGAAGUACCAUCAGAGGUUUUGGGUAGAUCUCCAACUGAUUCAGAAAUCCAACAAAUCAUCAACUACAUCGAUAUAUCGUUCUACAACCUCUACUUAGAGAUCGGAUUAUCACCUCCAAUCAUAGAGCAGCAAAUGGUAAACUAUCACCAAAACAUCAGAGGAGUGUUGACAGCUCUUCUUCACUGUUGGAGAGAUACUUUCCAAGAGGAGGCAACUAUAGGCAGAUUGUUGACAGCGAUGAAAAUGUGUGGGAUGGACUGGUAUACAACAGCAAAGAUCUGGCCAAGAUGUCAGGGAGAAGUUGUUACUAGACCAAAAAAAGAAAAAUGAAGAAAAACGUAAAUGUUCAGUCAUGUGACAUGAUAUACUGAAAAAAACAAAACACAUCAGUACGGAUCAACACGAGUACUCUACUCAAUGUUAUAAGUUAAUCGAUGAAUCAAAUCCAGGGAACAUUUCUAAUUAUAGUUAUUACCGUACGGCCUGUGGACUAUUAUCUGUGUUUUAUUGUAAACAUUAGGCGAAUUUCUCGAAAGGUAAAACUCUUAACUCCACUGAAAGUAAAACAGAAUAUAUGUUGUGAAAAGAUAUGGCUUGGAGUGAGAAGGUUGAUAAAGUUCCAUACAUAUUGUUUUAUCACUAAUAUCAAAACAAUCGACCAGAAAUUUUUAACAUUUUUGUUAUAUUUGUCACAUGUUGUAGUUUUUACUUUUUUUACAUAACAGUUUAUUGAUACAUAACUUUUCUAUUCUCGUGGUGACGAGAGUCCGAAACAUUAUCAUUGUAUACCUACAUUUAGAUACUUGUUGGGAUUCACAUUAAUGUACUGUUACAUGUAGAAUCCCUACCUGUACAAUGGAGUGGUAUCUAAACAGAGAACAGUAGAUAAUUGGGAUCAUAGCGGUUGGUGAAAUCAUAUCGGAGUUUGUAAAUAUUUCGUUUGUUCAUAUUUUGCCCUAGUUUCAUUGAAUUUGAGCUUGCAUUAUAUUUAUGUUCACAUGUUGGUAUUUUUUCAUUUAUCUGUUUACACCAGUGAUGAGACAAAGUGUAGAUCUAUUUACGGUAGAAAUCCAAAAAGAAAAAAGUACAUGAUUACUGGUAUAGGUAUAUCAAUCUCGGUUAUGAUACCAGGUCUUCGGAAAUUCUGAUUGCCAAAAAUUUACGAAAAUGAUAUAAAAUAUAUUUAUUUCUUAUAUUUUGUCGAAAAUUAAUCAACAACUGGCUAAAGUUUUGUAAGCUUGAGGAACAAAUCACAGGAUAGAGUUUUUAUUUCGAAUACUAUCACAUGAUUAAUGCAUUUGUUGGUUGUUAACAUGAACCAGAUCCCUUCGCUGUGAAGUUUAAUGUAUAAUCAACUUCUUGAGUUCGCCAUAUCAGGACGAUAUGCAGAUGAAUACUUCAUUUGCUGGACCGCAUUAUUCAUUAAUCAAAUAUAUUUUUAUACGUGCAGGAAUUGUGAAACAAAUUUUUCUUUUAUUUUCUACAGUACAAAAUAUGUAUAAAAUAAUAUAUUGUAAAUUAAUAUGUUUAUAAUUCCCUUGACAUCCAUUCUGCUUUGUGUUUGUCUAUCUGGCUUUCAUGAGAUUUGAACCGAAUUCAAUUUAUUGUUUUAUAUCAAAACAAUUAUUGGAUUAGAAGGCGUUGUUCAAAAUUAUCUGACAUGAAAAUUACAAAAUUUAUCAAAUGAUGGAGCUAGUGCACCUCCCUGUCUAGAUUUUGACUUUUCUUUCGAUCACUUUGAAUGUUCCUUAGUCGCCUCCUAGAUUUCAACAUUUAUACCCUUAGCAUCACUGCCGAGUUCCAGCUGCAUGCUGAAGUUUAGAUAUUUUUUUGGCUCUAAUCUAACUAUAAAUUUGUAUUGAAAGGUGCGAUUUACUUGUGUGUCUUUUAUACAAUAUUCAAUAUCAUUUAAUAUUUACAGGACUUGAAAAAUAAAUGCGUUUUCGUCAAAUGAAUUUUUAUCUA